AUGGCGUUCAUGCGAUACGACUACAGGGCGCUGCCGCAGGGGGAGACGACGGUGGAGGAGUUCAGGGCGUGGCUGGCGCAGUUCGACGCGGACGGCGACGGGCGGAUCAGCCUGGAGGAGCUGCGGGAGGCGCUGCGCAGCCUGGACCUAUGGUUCGCGUGGUGGAAGGCGCGGGAGGCGCUGCGGGACGCCGACGCCAACCGCAACGGCCUCGUCGACCCCGACGAGAUGGGCAGGCUCUACGCCUUCGCGCGCAGGAACCUCCACCUCAAGAUGGGCGACCUGCAGGAAGGCCAGCUUGAUAGUUUCUGAAUCUCUUUCUGCUCGAUCCGCAUCCGCCCAUCUCCUACU